GAGAAGACUAAUGUUACACCUGUGACCAUUUAAUCAUGAGCAGCUCCGUUGUGCUCGCAUUGUUCGACUGGUUAUAUUCACUGAAUCGCUACCCCGAUUGUGUUGUACUUUACAAUAUACACAACAUGAUUUCUCAGUAAAAUGCAACAUCAACUCAUAGCAAAGUCUAUCAUGGCAGAGGCUUUCUGUCAGCUUACUAGCUAAUGUUUGACAAAAAAAACAAAGAAACACAGUUACUGUAUGUACUUUUGUGGGUUCUGUUGUGAUGGGUGAAAAUGAAUGUUGUACUUGAGUCACUGAUUGAUGACCUGCUGAUCUUACACACCACUUCAUCUCUUAAUCAACAACAUUAGAAACCAAGUUGUAUUAUUUAAGAAGGUCUUCCAUGAUAUCUGCUUCACGUGUUAGCAGCCUCAACUGGACUGCAGCUUACUAAUUGGUUGCCUGGUUUGUACUUCAAAUCAGCCAGUCAUGUUUAGAAGAAAUCAACUUUUGAUUAUCACAAGAUAUGCAAAUAUUAGAUUUCAGAAGUCAAGUCCCUUCAGGUCAUCUGUUUGUAGUCCAUGUUUCCAUAUGCCUCAAGUCAUAAAUGUCAAGUCACCGUCAAAUUGAGUCUUUAUCAGUGUUAGCCAACAAGGUAUCAAGUCCUCAAAUGUUCGACUCAACUAUGACUUGGGUCAAGUCGCGUAGUAAUUAUAUUACUGGCACAACUUUGAAGUAAUGAUUUAAUUCAUCUGUGUGUAAUUUGACACUGAAACACUGCUGCUAAUGUGCCAGUGCUGCUCCCUGACUAACUGCAGGACCAACAUCAAGUUCACCUCAGAGAAUUUAUAGAAAAUAUUCUGAGUGAAAUAAGUAAAUGUGAGGUAAGAAGUGUCAAAACAUAUUACAAAUCUGUGCGCACAAGGUAGGAACAAUUCUGAUUUGAGUCAUUCGGGCUCUGUUCUGUCUUUCUUUCCUUGCUGGAAAUAACUUGUGAAGUUUUCUUGACUUUGUUGGUGUUUUGAUUGCAUGACACUGUGGUGACUUUCGGUCCAGCAUUCUCUGUCUCUUCGUCCAAUGGUAGCAUCAGACGGAGGAUAUUAAAGUGCUGAUUCAGUGUUCAGUAGGGACAGGUGGAUGGAGGAGAGUCAGUGGCUGACAUUAACCUGCAGACGGGUCACAUUCAGUCAUGAACUCCCGGACAGCACCAAGUAGAAGCUGCUGAUAUCUACAGAGCUGAACUGUGAGCAGCUCGUCAUGUUUGAGUCCAGAUAGGUUUAGACAUUUUCUUUACUGUAAUACAUUUAGAUUCUCAUGAUUUUCUCUGUUUAAUUGAACCUGACACAUGUUCUGACUGAAGUGGCUGAAUCCCAUGAAUUAAUCCCAUUAUGUUUUCAGUGUGUUGUCCGUUGUGUCUUCAGUGUGAAACCAAACCCCUGAGGAGAGAUGAGCCAGCUCUGCUAUAUGUCAGUUUUCAGGCUGAUUCAACUGAAGCUCUAAAGAGGGAGGAUUUCUGAGGAGGGAAGAUGGAGAACGUCUCCUCACACAAACACUUCAUUCUCGAUGGUUUCAGUGAACUCGGAGCACUGAGGCCCGUCCUCUUCAUUCCCUUCUUCAUCAUGUUCAUUGUGUCACUGUCGGCCAACUCCCUGCUGCUGUACGUUGUCAUUUCACAGAGGAGCCUCCACUCUCCAAUGUGCAUCCUCAUGGCCGGGAUGGCGGUUGUGGACUUGAGCCUCCCGCUGUUCUUUGUGCCCAACAUGCUGCUGAGCUUCUUGUUUGACUGGAAGGGAAUCUCUCUGACUGGCUGCCUGGUUCAGAUGCAUUUUGUUCACCUGAUGGGAACUUUUCAGUCCACUCUGCUGCUGUGGAUGGCACUGGACCGCUACUUUGCCAUCUGCACACCGCUCUACUACCAUGAACACAUGGCUUUACCCAAAUUCCUCAAGUUUGUGAUCCCACUUCUGAUCAGAAAUGUGAUCAUGAUCACACUGAUAGUGACUAAGGCAGCACCGUUGUCUUUCUGCAGUGCAAAUGUGAUACAGCACUGUUUCUGUGAGCACAUGGCCUUGGUGGAGCUGGCCUGUGGAAGCACUGCCAUCAACAACCUGGUGGGGCUGUUGACUGUGUUCCUCAUCCCUGUAGCUGACUUCAUCAUCAUCACUGCCUCCUACAUUGUCAUUUUCAGCACUGUCCUGAGUUCUGGUAAGACAGGUGUCAAAGCACUUCACACUUGCAUCACCCAUAUUGUAGUCAUCACUGUCAGCCUGGCCAUCAUACUGGUCGCUUUCCUGUCAUAUCGGAUCAAAAACAAUCUUCCUGCAGCUAUUCGCAUUUUCUUCAGCAUCAUGUACCUGUUCUUUCCGAGCUGUUUCAACCCGAUCAUUUACGGUAUCAGAACCACCGAGAUCCGACAGCACAUCCUGAAGACACUGACCUGUUCGUUCCCACUUAUUAAGAGACCAUUAUAAAGUAUCUAUGUUCUAUGAAACCUCAUCUACAGCAGGACAAGAAAGAAGCCAUUGAGAAGUUCAUGGCAGCACUAAUAUUCAAAACUCCAGCAUUGAACGGAGCCUCUCUUCCCUGUGCUGUCACAGCGCGGUGAGGUUGUCUUGUCUUGGGGUCUGUCUUGUGAACUUCCUGUUUUAUUUUGAAAUUAAUUCUCCUCUCGUUUCAGGUCACUUGCCCUUCCUCUUGUGUCCCUGGUCUGACGUCAUCCCUGAUUCCUGAUUGUUUCCACCUGUGCUCCCCUCCCUCAUGUGUAUAAAGUCUUUGUCUUCCCCUGUCUCCGUGCCAAAGUAUUUCGUCUUUAUGUCGUAUGCCUAAGCCCUUCGAAUCCACAGUCUUGAUCUUCCUUGCGAUAAGUAUUUUCUUGGUUUAUUUAUCUGUAUUUUUUGUCCUCUCUUGAAGAGUGAUUUUUGGUUGUAAAUUUCUGGUUAAGGUUUUGGUUUGUAUUUUGAGAUUUUCUAGCCCUUUUGGUUUUCCUCCUCGAGAGUGAAUUUUUGUUGGUUAAGUUUCAUAGGAUAGAAUAGAUAAGUUUAAUAGCCUUUGUGCUUCCUCUUCGGAGUGAAAUUUUGUUGUAAUUUUUAUACUUAGAAUUUGAUCCUAGUUCAGUGUAGUUAUCCUCCUUCGGGAGCGCCUUUCGUUUUAUUUGUGUUCUUUGUUGUUUGUCUUGUAUGUGUCUCAGCAUUUUCAUAGCUUUUGGUUAUCAUUCUUUCCUGAGAGUCAAAGAAUCAGAUUAAUAAAACUUGAUUGUACAUCUGCCAUACUGCAUCUGAGUCCUCUCCUUUCGUCCAAGCCUGACAUGUGCUCACUGAGGUGUGCAGCAGCCGUGAACUGAACAUCAACUGAACAUCAAAAGGUUGACACGGUUCACAUAGUGAAUAAUAUGUUAUAUUUCAGGA